AUGGCGACGGUAUAUCUUGCCCCCUUAAUGCGAUGGAUUAUUAUGGGCGUGCCAUUCAGUGUCACUGGUUUUGGCCUGCUGUUCUUUGAACAACUUGCAGGCUCCGUUCGCAUGAGAUAUGGGCUGUGUGGGCUUAAUAUUCUCUACGCCUGGUUCUCAUUACGGCACCCAACCGCAAGCCCAUUUUUCAACUACAUGAUCGGGCUGAUGUCUAUUGUGCAUAUUGUGCGCUCAGUAGAAAUCCUCAUUGCCUCCGACCCAUCGACCAUGAAACGCCUCAGGAAGGUCGGCCUGUCUUUUUACUUCUGGGAGCCACUUCCUCCACCUUACAGCCUUCGCCGCUUGUUGUGGAUAAUUGAUAUCGUCUCGAAUCUCCGUGCGAUUGGGUGGCGGCAUGGCUCCGAAAAAUAUCUUCCUCCCCCAUGUCAAAUCCUCGAAAAAAACAGUUUUAGUCGUCCAUCGACACCGGCUGCCACCUGGGGCCCAAGCCGCCAGUCCUUUCUCUGGACUCAAGCACGACGGCUUGUGGCAGCUUACAUGUGGUUCGAUUUCUACCAUACCAUGUUUGUCCACGAGAAUGGCCGACAUACGGAAAGGCUGAUUGACAUGACCGCAAAGAAGAUGCUUGGAGCAUAUCUGGCACCGGCGACCUGCCAGAACAUUUAUAAAUGGCUGGGCCGAAUCGCCCGGAUUAUCAGCGCUCAGUUUUUCCUUGAUGGGUUUCACGCUCUAACCGCUCUGUUUGCCGUCGGUAUCAUAACGGAUACCUGGCUUGGUACUGCAGGAGAACCGUGGGCGUAUCCUACUCUAUUUGGGGGGUUUCGGCUGUCAACCCCCAAUCUAAAAGACUUCUGGGCAAACUGGUGGCACGACCUUCUCCGGCGCCCAUUCUGGACUGUCGCAAAGUGGUUCGUUCCACCCGCCCAUUCCAAUGCCCGACAUAUUUGGACCGUUUUUGCCAUGACGGGUGCCGCACAUGCUUCAGCAUCAUAUAAUGUGUCUCGACGUGCGUGGCCUGCAGUGCGAGUAUUUGUAGCCUACUGCCUUCAGCCAGUUCCAACCAUUUAUCAAAAGCCGACAGUGCAGUGGCUUUCUUCCAAGAUAUUUGUUGCCCCAGCGGCAAAGCCAGUCAUUAUAUGGGCGGGGGAAGGUUUUUUAUCGAUCGUCUGGCUGCUUUGCAUCCUCCCUUUGCAAAUGGACGAUCCUGGCCAUGAAGCAUUCCUUGCAUCCGUGCGACUCCCGUGCAGCGUGAUGGAACGCGUCUUGCACGCCGUCAGCACUUAA